AUGGCCGACGCAGAGAACGACAGUUAUGGCAAGAUCGACUUCUGCACGCUGGGAAUGUUCAUCAUCGAUGAGAUUGAGUUUCCCCCACCAAAGCCGCCAGUCAAAGACAUCGUUGGGGGAGCUGGAUCAUAUUCCGCAUUAGGCGCACGCAUCUUCUCCCCGCCGCCACAAUCAGAGUCUGUGGGCUGGAUUGUAGACUGCGGGUCUGACUUCCCACCUGAACUGCGCGACUUUAUUGCACAAUGGAAGACAGGUGCACUGAUACGUGAGACGCCCAAUCGGCUCACUACACGAGGUUGGAAUGGAUACACUGGUGAAAACGAGCAUCGAGCUUUCCGAUACUUGACGCCGAAGCUGCGCGUUGACCAUGAGGAUCUGAAGAAUACAGAUCUCUUGUGGUCCAAGUCCUUUCAUCUGAUCUGUUCCCCGUUACGUUGUAUCGACCUGGUUGAGACCAUCAUUGCAUUGCGCAAGCAACACCCUAACUCGGCUCACAUUCCUCGGCCAGUAUUCAUCUGGGAGCCUGUUCCUGAUCUUUGCACGCCUGAAGAGUACGAUAAUUGCCUGAAGGCGCUAAAGCACGUCGACAUUGUCAGUCCAAACCACGGGGAACUUGGCGGCUUCUUUGGCAAGAACACCGACGGGAAGGAUCAUGUGGAGUUCCGAAUAAUCGAAGAGCUAUGCGGUCAGUGGCUAGACCGUGGUGUGGGUAAUGGCAAUGGUGGGGUCGUCGUGCGUUGUGGGAAAGACGGUUGCCUGGUUAUGCGCAAAGGGUUGCGCAAAUGGAUGCCUGCGUACCACCAGUCAGCAGAGAAGGUGGAAGAUCCUACAGGAGGAGGCAACAGCUUUCUCGGCGGCCUGGCGGUCGGCCUGGUUCGGGUACCAGGGUAUCUCGAAGAGGCUGCGAUUUGGGGGUCCAUUUCGGCGAGCUUCGCCAUUGAGCAAGUCGGUAUGCCCAUUCUCUCACAAUCAGCAGACGGGGAGACGUGGAACGGGGUUCGUGUCGAAGAUAGGCUUUCAGAUUUCAAGCAGCGCCUGGCUAGUUAUAUACAGCCAUAG